UUUAGAGUAAGCAAAAAGCCAACAAAAAGUGCAAUUUUAUCCAAAAUAAAAAUCCAAAGACACAGUUGAGCUCAGUUAAGGGUGAGCCUUAGCAACAACAUGCUCAUCACUGGUCUGUGUGGAAGCUGUUAAAGGAGCUUAUUUCAACUUCUCCAUGGCUUCUUUUCUUUCCUUAUCUCUUCCCAAACUAAACUUAAUAAAGGCCUCCUCAGCAGCCAACACCUCCACAACCAGUCUUCCCACUGCUGAGGCACUGAAUGAGAAAUUUGGCAGAAAAGGCAUCAAGUUCUUGGAGUCUGACAGCAUCCCCAUAGUUGAGCUGACAGUAAGAAAUGGAAGCUCCUUGAGGCUAAGGAUACCUGAUGCUCACGUCACAUCAUACAAACCAAAAGUUCAUUGGAAAGAUGAUGGCUUCCAGGAGGUUCUAUACACAAUUCCUGCAACUGGAACAGGCCCUUACAAAGCCAAAGGUGGGGUUGGUUUGGUCAUGAAUGAAGUACUCCAACCUGGAGCCAAAGGGUUGCUCCCUUCCACUCUAGAGUGGACUGUAAAUGAUGUUGACUCUGAUGCCAUAGAUGCUCUCCAGGUUGAAUUGAGCUGCAUUAGCAGAUUUUUUGACAUCACCUACAUUGUGACCCUCUAUCCUGUGAGCAUGGCCACAGCAGUUGUAGCUAAGAAUAUCGGCCCCAAGCCUGCCACUCUAACCAAUGCUAUUCUAAGCCAUUUCAGAUUUAAGAAAAGAGGUGGAACAGCAGUUCAAGGCCUCAGAUGCUGCUCAUACAUCCCACACCCUCCUCUCUCUUCUCCCUUUGAAAUCUUGACUCCAUCAGAAGCUGUAAUAUCUGAGCCUCCUAGAUGGUUUUCCUUUGGUAAUGAACCUGAAGCCAAGCCUGGCACGUGGGGUAAACAAGCUUUGAGUAUUACACUACUUGAGAAUAAGAUGAGUAGAGUUUAUGCUGCACCUCCAAAGGAUAGAUCAAAGCCAUUCUAUAACUCACCACCUUCCAAGUAUGAAACCAUUGACCAGGGACGUGGGCUUUGCUUCAGGGUGAUAAGAAUGGGUUUUGAGGACAUUUAUUUAUCAAGCCCUGGUUCCUUGUCAGAGAAGUAUGGAAAGGACUAUUUCAUCUGCACUGGUCCUGCUUCACUACUGGUGCCUGUCACUGUGAAUCCUGGAGAAGAAUGGAGAGGGGCACAAGUUAUUGAGCAUGAUAAUUUGACAUGACAUCUACAACCUUUCCCUCUCCUUUUCUCACUUGCUUUCUUCUCUUCCAUUUUUUAUUUUUAUUUUUUAUUGUUCUUCCCUAAAACUAUGUAUAUUUUGUUUAUUUAUGUCCAAUAGUCAAAUACUAUAUCAAUAAAAGAAGUUACAUAAUGCUUGCAGAUUUUCCAUGUCAA